AUGGGCUCGAUGAUUAGGACCACCUCUAUUUCUGAGUCAGAGAACAGCUUCUAUAAAAAAUUUCUCAAGCCACGCAACAACAUUGCCGAAUUCUACUUGAAUUUCAACCAAGCUGUGGAUUUUCAGCGGAAUAGUAGAACAAAGCUGGACUACCAAGACGCGACUGCCCUGCCUAUAUUGGCCACUACUCUGCCUUUCGAGAAACAUGCUUCUACUUUGUACACAGAUAGUAUGUUCAAGAAAAUACAAGAGGAGAUCGUUGAGGGAAAUGAUAGAUGUCGCGUUUUGGGGUUCUCAUCCGCAGACAGUGUUGACACCUACAAACUUGGAGACAGCCUUCGCCAUUCCUACUUUGUGAGACAUGAUAGGACUGACGACUCAUAUUCUUGUGAUUGCAAACUAUUCAGUAGGCAGGGCUAUCUGUGCAGCCAUGUCUUCUUUUUGUUCCGUAACAAUGAAGUAAAAAAGAUUCAUGAUAACUACUGUGCAAGUAGAUGGAUGAAGACUCCGCUGGUUAAGGCUGUCCAUGGACAUGUUGAUGAGACUUUACCUACACAGUCCGUUUUUUAUGAAAGGCAAAACGUUUCAAAGCAAGGGAUCUCACUGUUCUAUGGAUUUCUUCGUCGAUUUGAGACGGACAUUGAUGUGCUUCGUGCAUUCGUUGGUGGAUUGGAGGAACUUGGUAAUUCACUUCACGCUGGAACUCCUUUGCCAACCGCUUCCGAAAAGAGGCGAAUGAUUGAACAGUUUUAUGGAAUGGAAAGGCCGGAAGUCGUCGAGGUCCACCCACCGGAUGUGGUAAAGACGAAGGGGCACGCGAGCAGCUCCGCUAGUCGUCUGAUUUCGAAGAGAGAAAAGGCUAUCAAGGAUGCUACUAGGCCCCUUAGACGGUGUAAGGCGUGCGAUGAGUUGUGUCAUCACGACUCUAGAAAUUGUCCUAUGCUUAAAGAGCUUGAAACGGAGAAUGAGAUGCGUAAGGAAAAGAGGAAAUGUUGA